AUGUUAAGUGUGGUUCUUUUUAAAAUAUAUAAAGGAUACUACUAGAUUCUAAUUGUUGAAUGAAAUAGAAACUACCGUUAUAAUCCACCACCCCGUCUCCGACAUCCACCAUUUUUUCUCUCUCCUCCCACGCGGCGACCCGUCGGAGAACUCCUAGUUCAAGUUGGCAGACUAGUUCCCAAAAGAGGAUAAAAGCCAUGGAAAAGUGAGCAUGUGCAUUGUGUGUUAAAUUAGAUUCUGCAACUGAUAGGUCAGAAUGUCGUGCAUCUGCUGUUUCGGAAAGCCUGCUACUCUCCCAUAUGUUAUACCUCAAGACCUUUCACUUUCAUUAACGACAACCAGGAGGAACCGUGUCAUCAGAUUCAUCCCUUACAAGUCAUUGCACUAUGUCAGAUGCUGCUCCACAGAUGCCUUUGUUGUUGUGAAAGAUAACAAGUACGGGAACAAACAAGUUGUUAGUCUGACUCCUAUGCUUUAUGAUUAUGUCCUGAGCAAGGUCCGAGAGCCAGAAGUGUUAAGGGAACUACGGGAAGAGACUGCUACAAUGCGUGGUAGCCAGAUGCAGGUUUCUCCUGAUCAAGCUCAACUCCUCGCUAUGCUUGUCCAGAUUACUGGGGCUAGAAAGUGUAUUGAGGUUGGAGUUUACACCGGUUACUCAUCCUUGGCUGUCGCCCUUGCCCUCCCAGAAUCAGGCUGUUUAGUCGCCUGUGAGAGAGACGAGAAGGUUCUAGAAGUUGCUAGAAGGUAUUUUGAACGAGCUGGGGUUCUUCAUAAAGUGCAGAUCAAACAUGGACUUGCUAUAGAUACUUUGAAUGUGUUGCUUUUGAAUGGAGAAGCUGGAAGCUAUGACUUUGCAUUUAUCGAUGCAGAGAAGAAAAUGUAUAUGGAGUAUUUUGAGUUAUUGUUGAAGCUUGUUAGGGUUGGGGGUGUUAUUGUGAUUGAUAAUGUACUUUGGCAUGGAAAAGUGGCUGAUCCUUUGGUGAAUGAUUCAAGAACUGUUAGUCUCAGGAAUUUUAAUAAUGCUAUUUUUGAGGAUGAGCGUGUAAGCAUUAGUUUAGUACCUAUUGGUGAUGGCAUGACAAUUUGCAGAAAACUAUGAGAAUUUGUUAAAAUUUUCAAGAAAAGAUGUUACUUCUUUUACUUCAUAACUAGUGUGUGGCUCGGGCGAUGCCCCGAUUGCUACAUUGAAAAAUUUUAGAUUUUUCUUGAGCAAAAUAUUUGAUAAGAUGCAUGUAAAGCAUUAAGUGAAAGCAUUCAUCAAGUUCGUCAACUACACAAACACACUAAGUCAUUUAUCAUGAGAAAUAAUUUUUCAA